AACAUUAAAAAUGUAUAUCCGUAUUCUCUUUGUGUUGCUCCUAUAACCUACGUUGGUACAUGUAUCUUGUUUCCUUUGCAGAGGUAUGUAGACGGUGGUCUAAGUGACAAUAUCCCACAACUAAACAAUGACACAGUCACUGUGUCACCGUUUUGUGGCGAGAGCGACAUAUGUCCCCGAGAUCCGUCAGCCAACCUAAUGCACAUCACUCUGGCCAACACCAGCUUCCAGUGUUCUGGUGAUAAUCUGUAUCGCAUAAGCCGGGCACUCUUUCCACCCCACCCGGAAAUCCUCAGCGAUAUGUGCCAGGAGGGUUUCGAUGAUUGUCUCAAGUUUUUACAGAGAAACAAUCUGAUUUCUUGUACACGACACCUCAGUGUUCGAUCAGCCAUCGUUUCGGUAUCCAAAAGUCUGCCAGGAGCUGCAAUUGACGACCAUCUGGAGGAGGAAUCGUCUUCAGGAGAGGAAACUUCGGAGGAAGAAAUCGACGAGGUGUGUGAGGGGAACCAUGAGGAAGAUGAAGAAUGCACCGACUGUAAAAAGAAGGUUCAAGUGGCACUAAUAGACACACUGCCAGCACCGGUUGUUAAAGCUUUUCAGGCGACAACUGAUUCCAUGAACAAGGGAAUUAUUGGUUGUGUAAGACAGAACCGAGCAUUACGUCUACUGUUUGCCAUGGGUACGCCCUGGAUACUGCCUGCGGACAUACUCUAUACCUACACACUAAGGGCACUUCAGUAUUUACCAUCACUGCCAAAUGAUGUACGGACUUUGUAUGUGGAAGGGAGAGAACUCCUGCAGUAUUUGUUAUCCCACUUAUCUCGACACAGUAGGAAGUAUACAGCAAGGUUUACUUGUCAGCUGGCAAUAACGGAGGUGAAUUAUCCUAGUGGUGGGGACAUCGAGAGAGCUCUUGCAUCCAAUGAUCACUUCCUACCUGUUCCUGAGGAACCAAUUGUCCGUAACCUCAACAUUGGAUUCGCUGUUGAUUUUGAAACUGAUCGUCCAAACUCUAUUCAAUCUUUACGUAGCCUUGAGGGUCGAAUGGAGCACAUGGAUAUGAAUGGAAUCGAGCUCCUGUCACAGGGGCGGGGCCAGAAUGUGUCCAUCAGUACUGACUUGGAGCAGCUGCAGGCUUCAAAUGUCCCUUGCCAGCUCAUCUUUGACACAUUUGAACAAUGCCUCCACAUCUCCAAUGAAAUGGAGUCUGCUAUAGCUUAUUACUACAAGGAUGAAAACAAUUCCCAAACCUACAACUUCCAGGAGAUUUAUAACAUUGAUAAUGUGGACCUGGACAUUCCCAAUACCAUAGAGACAAUUAAGACCUCUAGCAGUACAGCAACUGUGUCAGACACCAGCAAAGCAUCAUGGGAUAGCUUUAUAGAACACAACCCAAACCUUGAACAGGAAGUUGAUGAACAUAUUCGACAGGAAGUAGUCCUACUGCCACAUGCACAUGAGAGCAAGCUGUCAGCUACUACAGUAUCAAACACAGUGACAACGCUGUGUGAUUCCUGAUGAUAAGUGGGUCACUUCAUAGUCAAAGAUGAGGAUUUACAGGACUGUGCUGAAUUUACAUAUAAAAAGUAUUUAUUUUUUUAUGAAUGAGACAUUUUUAUAUUUUGAGAUCAAAAUACUCUAAGAAAACUAGAAAAACAUUAAUUUUAAUUCGGUGUAUGCCAUUUGCUUAUAGUCAGUCAUGUUUAUUGGAAUGUUGCUGUUAUGUAAAUAAGACUUUCUUUACAAAUAUUUUAUUCCAUGUCUUAAAUGUUGUUAAGUUAUUAUGUUUUGUUAUUGUUAAACAUUUAUAGUGCCGAUAAUACUUUUAAAUUCUCACUUUUAAAACAUGAAUCAAGAUGCAGAAGUGAUUUUACAUGUAUGAAUCAGUUGUUGCUUUUAGAUUUGGUUUGAAAUACUUAAGUGUCUUUUUAAAAUGAUGUUUUUAAUAUGGGUAUUCUCAAGGUUCAAGAAAUAGCUACAGUGUUUUAAUUUAUUUGAUAAAACAAAGUAUUUAAAGAUUUAUUUUAUCAAAAUAACAAUAUACCUAUGUAAUACUGAGCUAUUUACUAUUCGUUGAUACAUUGUAUACAAAUGAAGUUUUAAGAUAUAGGAAAUCGUGUAAAUAACACUGAUAUGUGGUAAUAAUAUACAAAUAUAAAUACAUCAUACAGUAGUUAUUACGCUAGUCAGCAUUAGGAGGAUCACAGAUCAUGGUCUGUUCUGUGACCCAUGAUGUUACUUAAUAUCCUACUGGGUUGCUAGUCACGUGAUCUUCCAAAUACUUUAUUUACGGGUAUUGUUUUAAUCUGUGUUAGUCAUUCUCAGCCCCCACAAGCAGUACUUGUCAAGCAAUCACUUACACGAUGCAACAAAGGGAGAUUACUCUGAUUGAUCAGAAUGUUGUCAAUUCUAAAUGAAGAAUAUCCUGUUUGGGCAUUUAACCAUAAGUCAAGUGUUGUGUAGAUUGUUUAUAGGAUAUUGUACACCAAUACAGUUAGAAUAAUCAAACAAAUGACUGCUUAAUUUAAAGUUACUGAUAUAAAACUUUAGAAUAAAAAUGCUUAUUUAACACUUCAGAAGAAAAUGUUCAUUAAAAGUACAAAAAAUAAAUAAAUAAACAAAAUAAGUCAAUCUUAGAAUUAUUGUGUUUGUCACACGCCUGACUUUUGAGAAAAAUGUUAAAUGAUAAGUUAAAGUAAUGUAAGACAGGUAUGAAAUGUAGAAUUGUUGAAUGUUAGUUUCUUUGUUCUGACAGUAUUGCUAUUGUUUGUUGUUAGUGUAAUGAGUUCAUAUCAAUAGUGCAGUACUAAUCAAUUAUAACUUAAUAUCUAUGUAACAAUGCACAAGUAUAUAUAUAUACACACACAUUAGCUAAUAUGCAAGUUUGCCUUCUUUAUUGUUAAUGAGUUGUAGAACAGUUUUCUGAUCAGCAUUGUGUUGAAUAUGUAGUUAUACUGUGUAAGUAGUCCAAAUAAUUCUCAUGUUUUAUCAUUUUUUUGUUAUAUCAUUGUGGCAUUGGAUGAUCGACACCAGAUCAUUAUAAGAAAAAAAAGUUGAUAAAACAUCAGAAUAAUUGGGACUGCAGUGUCAGCAAAAAAGCUUGUGGUAAACUGAAUAUACUUGGUAUUAACUUAGUAUAUUAUGAAAUGCUUUGUAAUUUUUUUUACACAAAGGAUUGUUUAUGGUAUUAAAUUAAAACAAAAUAAAAGCUAACAUAUCA